AUGAGCUAUCCCGGAGCGCUACCGCCUCCUGCGGGAGUUGAGCCAAAUCUGGAGAAGCCCGUCGAUGUGCUGAGGACGGCGAAUUAUGUCACUCAGGCUCUUACGCUUGCUUUUACCAGCUUCUUUGUUGCGACCCGUUUUUACGCAAAGUACAAGGUUAUGGGAGGAGGUAUCACGAAAGAUGACAUUGCUACAUAUACUGCUUUUGUGUUGAUGGUUGGCUAUUGCAUUACUUCCAUCAUCGCUGGAAACUAUGGUGCUGGACUCAAUCAAUGGGACGUAAGUCCUGAGAAUAUGAAGAAAUUCCUCCAGUGCGGAUACGCUGCCACCCUCUUCUACGCCCCGAUGGCCCUCACCGUCAAACUCUCCCUCCUCUUCAUCACCACGCGCGUCUUCGGAUCAGUGCACAAAAAGACCAUGAUAGGUAUCAACAUCUUCAUUGGCAUGCUAGUAGCCUACUACGUAUCUGGCUUCUUCAUCAAGCUUUUCAUCUGUAAGCCUAUAAGUGCCUACUGGAACGGUCAUCUGGAGAUGUGCCUCGAUCAGAGCGCCAUUAUCACGGCAGAUGCAAUCAUCAGUGUUAUCAGUGAUCUGGCUAUUCUGUUUCUUCCAACACCACUUACGUGGUCGCUUCAGAUCUCAAGGCGAAAGCGGCUUCGUGUGACAGGCAUUCUCUGUGCUGGUGGUGUCGCCACAGGGUUCAGUAUCUACCGACUGGUUAUGAUUUUACAUGAGCGCAACUCGGGCAACCAGACCAUUGUUUUCACAAAAGUCAUUCUAUCUGGAAAUGCAGAAGCCGGAAUUGGCUUGAUAUGCGCAUGUCUCCCUUCAAUAAGCGCCCUCAUCGUACGCCGCCAUGGCUACCCAUCCAACGGAUACCCAUCCCGCGGUUUCCAAAGCUCUGGGAAAGUCGAUGGCAGCAGACACGGGGAAAUUAUGAUGACCCGGUCGUUUCAGGUUGAUACUGCGAGUAAACAGGCAGACAGCGACGCUUUUAAUUUUGGACAUGAUGAGGCUGGGCUGAUAGCUAGUGUCCAAGCUAACCCGAAGAGUGCCUAUUCAAGUAGGGCUAGGUCUUCGGGCUCGGGUUGA